AGCCACGCUUCUCCAAGGCUGACGCACACAGCUCAUCGCUACAACAGGCUUCAAUAUUUCCAUCCUCAGACGCGUCGCGCUGCAACACCUAGCAAUCGUAUUGUUUCUCUGCAGCUAGAACACGGCGUUAGAUGAUACGCAUCUACCGGAGGCACGCUUGAACGGGCAGCUGGUCACCCACCGUCGCAAUCUCUGGAAGCGGUUCGGUCGUCAAUCACCUCUAUCCCAAUCGAGUGCCCCACGUCGCUGAGCCGACCAUCGCACGUCCAGCUAGAUGCUGCUGCUACACGCACAUGCCAUAAGAGGUUGCAUGGACCCUUGAAGGGCUUUAGGAGGAGGCUCUGGAACGAGCACGCGGCGGCGACAGCACCAUGGCAUCGAUCCCCAGACGGUAUCGGUCCUCGACCGCGACCUCAACCCAGGCCCCGUCCCACUCGUUCGAGAUCCUCCGCGGCCUACUCGACACUCUGACAAGCGACGCCGCGACCCCGAGCGAUACCGGCUUUCCGGAAGUGAACAAGUCCGUCACGUCCUUGCGGCAGAUCGCCCAGCAUGUGUCGGCGCCAGCCUCGUCAGUCCACCAGGACGAGUUCCGCCAUGCUCAUGGCUUUGAGUCCGUUCUCGGCCUGCUUCGUCACUUCUCCGGCUUCUAUGACCCGCGAAAGAGAACCGAGACUGAAAUGCUCUCGUUGUUCAAGCUCCUGGGAGCUUUCUUGAACGUGCUGUCAGCUGCCAUGCGCGGGCACGCGGGCAACCGCCGAUACUUUCGAUACCGGGUCGAAGGCGGCGGCUGGGAGGCACUCGAACAGAUCAUUGCUAGUAUUGGUCUUGGAGGCGCCGAACCGGACCCCUGGAUCAGCUGUCACGUCUUUGGGAAACUCCUAUCUUUCGCAGUGGACGACGAAGCGCUGGAUCUGCUCUGUCAGUCUGUCGCCGCGACCCUCCGACCAGACCCCACGGACGGCGCGAGCCCGAGCGACGAACAGGCGAAACAGGAGGAAGAGGAGCAAUGGGAUCUCGUCCUCGCGCGUUCAGUCCGAAAUAUCGGACCGAGUGUGCACGAAGUCGUCAACACAAAGACAGUCAUUCGGUUCCCUGGAAUCCUGAGGGCUGUUAUCAGCUUCUGGACCACGAUCCCGCGACCCGAAGGCUCUGCGGCGAAUCCGAGCUCGAUUCUUGUACUCGAAACUAUCCUCUGCGCCAUCAAGGUUUCAAUCUAUAACCGCGCAGCCGUUCAUUCUACUGGCGUUCUCUCCCAGUUUCUGCGCGUCGCCUUUGGACAGGGUUGGCUGGAGGAGGCUGAGCGGGAGCGGUUACUAACGAUAUGCCGGCUGCUCAUAUUUCUGGGUGUCAACGAACCGGCGGACACGCAAUUUCUGCUGUCCGCCCCAGGAUCUAAAGCUGCGGACUUUUGCCUGGAGAUGAUGUCCGCCUACGCCGGACCUCCCUUUUUUCAAUUUGACCUCUCUCUCCAAGGGUAUUCUUCUCUCGAGCUACCCAGCCUGGGACGCCCGUUUCCGCCCCAGUCAUCCGCCGGCUACACAUUCACGGCAUGGAUUCGAGUCGAGGCUUUCGACCCGACGACUCAUACCACAAUCUUCGGAGUUUUUGAUGCCUCCCAGACAUGUUUCGUGCUCAUGUAUUUGGAGAGGGACACUCGCAACUUUAUACUUCAGACGUCUGUCUUUUCCAACAAGCCCAGUGUGAGGUUCAAGUCUGUGGUUUUCCGGGAGAAAAAGUGGUACCACAUCGCCGUCGCUCAUCGACGACCCAAGACCAUGACGGGGAGCAAGGCCUCACUCUAUGUGAAUGGCGAAUUCGCAGAGCAGGUCCGCUGCAGCUACCCCCACAUGCCUCCGCUGUCCAACGGAAGCAACGAAAGCUUUGCGUCAUUCAAUUCGAGCCAAAACCGGACAAAUCCAGUGCAAGCGUUUCUCGGGACGCCCCGUGAGUUAUCUGGACAGACGGGAGCUGGUGUCGUACUAUUGAGAUGGUCGCUCGCCUCGGCCCAUUUAUUCGAGGACAUCCUGAGCGAUGACUAUCUGGCAGUGCACUACGGGCUUGGCCCUCGGUAUCAAGGCAACUUUCAGGACAGCCUCGGCGGAUUUCAGACCUAUCAGGCAUCUGCGACACUGGGCCUUCGCAACGAGAUCACGCAUCCCGGAAAAGAUGAGAACUCGGACAUCCUGCGAGCUGUCCGCGAAAAGGCCAGCUCCCUGCUCCCAGAAUCCAAAAUACUGCUCAGCAUACUCCCCUCGGCUACGUUCCCCGAGAACGUGCAGUUCCAAGAUACAGGCCUCCUCCGUGCUUUGCCGCGCCUGUCUACCCGCAACCUCUUCCGCAUGUCCAACCAAGAGGGUUCAGCGCUUGCGGUGAACUGUGCCGUUCCCAGUUUGUCAGAUGCGCUGUUUAGAACACAUGGAAUCGCGUCCUUCCGCGGUAACCCGCUCGUGGCUGUGCCGUCGCACCUCGAUGAGAACCUUUGGCGUCUUGCCGGCUUUACGCCGCUCGCGCUGAAGCUCUUGGAAAGAGCCACAACCGUGGAGGACACCGUACGGGCCCUUGAGAUAAUGUUUCACUGCAUUCGCAAAAGCUGGCGGAACAGCGAGGCAAUGGAGAGAGACUAUGGCUAUGGUAUCUUGGGAGUUCUGUUGCGUUCCAAGAUUGGUUACAACAACAGUCCAACGGUCGAUACUCCAUUCCCGCGACUUCUGAUUUCAAACGAAGAUCGUGAUAGCUUGGCAUUUCGAACGUUGAGUCUCAUCUUGGACUUUGUCGGCUACAACCACGCCGAGCCGAUCGAGUCCUUCAUCGUUAAUCCCCUUGCCUACCGAAUCCUCCUCAUUGACCUGGACAUCUGGCGACGGUCGGCGCCACGCAUCCAGGAGCUGUAUUAUAAGCAAUUCAUGACUUUUGCUGUCAAUAGCAAGCAUCAUGAAUUCAACAGCAGAAGGCUGAUUCGAAUGCGUGAGUUUGGCAUUGCCGGUGGUGUCCAGCUGACUGACCGGGUCGCAGGAAUCGUGAAGAGGCUUUUAGACGCCAUGAAGGGCGAAGGCGUUUCGGAAGAAGUCGUUGACCACUUCAUGAAUGCAUUCCAAGCCCUCGUCAAAUCGAACCUCAGCCAGGAAGUUAUGAGAUCACUGUCGCUUUACAUUACCUACGCAUUUCAUACGCCAGUCAUGUCAGCAUCACGCACGCCGCGGCCUCUAUCUGCGAUGUCGCGAUCCAGCACACCCGGUCCGAUGAAGCGGUUGGCUGGAGACGGCAGCCGGACUCAGAGCCCCUCUCUGGACUAUUCGUUUCUCACCAAGAAGCAGCUCGGCAUUCGUGUCCUGACAAUGUACUCGCAUAUUCUCUGUGAGAAGGGUAACCUGAACAACAUCAAAAAGUUUGCUCGAACGGUGACGAACAAGUGGCUCCUAUAUCUUCUUGCCGACGACGAUCCAUGCAUCGUUGUGCACGGAUGUAAAAUCCUUGCGAGAUUGCUUGUAGCCCACGGAUCCUCAUAUACCUCCAAGUUUGCUGCCAAGAGUGGCGGUUUUACAAUUAUGGCAAGCAGAUUGAAGCGUUUCUGGGACGUCCCGACGUUAUGGCCAAUAUGCUUUAGCAUCCUGUUCGGCCUCGAUGUCGCCGACUUCAAUUUCAACCGAGCGUUCAGCAUGGCAAAUUUGUUCGAAGCGUUUGGCAAGCGCAAGGUGGCCUACCCAGAAUCAUCCAUCAUUAUCACUUCUAUGCUGCAACAUGGCUUGAAGGAAGUAAUGAAGCAUCAAGAGGACCCCGACUCACCGGCGAAAGAUGCUCCUUUGGCCGCCCUUGCACGAGUCUCCUUGUCAGACACCAAGCGUGAAGUCCGGUCUAUGGAUAUUGUCAUGGCUUUGCAAACACGAUCAAAUUUCUCUGGAGAUCGCGAACGGGUGACCGGAAAUGCUGAUGUGCUGCAAACCACAUUGGAUUUCCUGAAGCAGCUCCAAAGGUGCUCAAAUGAGUUCCGAGAUUUCGCCCUAACGUCGGAAUGGGUGCGGCUGCUACUUUCAGCCCUAUAUCCUGUCGUUGUUAGCACUGAUUCUGUCACACCCGAUGUCGAGCUUAACUCUCGAGACUCUGCUCUGACGUUUGAGGGGGGAGACGUGAUCAUACGACCAAUUGGUGGAGGCCUGGCACCCGCCCCCAUAGUGCGAACGUGUAGUGUUGAGGUCGUGCCGUCGCCUCAGUCAACUCCGCCAAAAGGGACGCCUCUGCGGCGAGCAUCGUCGUUUGUGCUGCUCACCGCACAACGCGAGACUCAUUCCCCAAGCUCAAGUACCUUCACGCUUCAGCACAGAAAUUCGGGCCAUAGUGGGAGCACUAGAACUGCCGAUACAGUCCUAGAUCUCGUACUUGGCGUAUUUCUCGACCAGGUCUUUUUGCGGAAGGAUUUUCCAGGCUUCGGUCUUUUCACAAAGGUUCCCCCUGGUUUUCAGGAACAUCAGGCCUACUUCGAGUCAUACAUACUCAAACGCGUUGUUGCAAACAUCUCGGACGAGAUCCAUGCAAACCAACGGGCUAUAUGCGAACCGCGAAUUCUGACCAAUCUGUCGCGGCUGUGCCUACACCUCGCGGAAGCAAUCUUCGAAGGGUGGUUUAUCGAUGGAGCUGAGGCCAUGAUUGACUUUGGCGGGAUGCUCCUAGAAUUCCUGCAGCGACCAGAUAUUGCACGACUGAAGAGCGUACGCCUCUGCAACCCGGCUCUCAACACAAUACGCAGCUGUCUCUUGAGGGUCAUAUUGCUUGGUUUGUCCGAUUUGGAAAACCCUAAUGUCACGGAGAAAGAGGCGAAAGACUUGAUGAACAAACUUGCAUACUGGCAGAUGUCGAUUCUUGAGUCCUUCUCCGGGGACGAUGAAUACCUGAAGCUGUUCUGGUACCAGCUUUACACGAAGCUCAUCGGCGGGAAGCCAGCCAUUCGGAUGGCCGCGGCCAACUUUUUACGGGUGAUUCUGGUGCAAAAGCCAGAUGAAUCCGUUGCCAUGAUCCGUUCGUGCAUGACGCCCGACCAGCGCCAGCUGUCUCGCGACUUCCAGAAGCUCACAGAGGUAGACGACGAAAGCUUCAUUGCGUGGGUUGACCAGCACCGGCCGUCCCUGGAUGGGCUCUUCUUUGGAAGCAUGGCAAAGACGUGGGAAGAGUUUGUCAGUGCCGAGAAUCAAAGGACAUUUGACACUGCUAAGGGCCGAUUGUCCAAGCGGAAAGACAAGCUCAGAGCAUGGCACGCCGAGGCUGUGAGUGCCGAAAAAACGCUGCUCCAUCAUGAGGUCGGUAACGGCGCCUGGAUGAAGAGCAUCUAUAAUUCGGAAUACUUCAAGUAUCAACGGCUCCUGCAGGACCAGCAAGACGACUCGGCCUUUCUCAUGGCUCUCUAUCGCAGAAUGGAGCGCGACCUACGCCGACCCGGCGCCGUGUUCAGUGAGCCGAUACCACCAAAGUGGAAGCUGGACCGGACGGAGGGGCGCAACCGAAUGCGCCUGCGGUUGCUACCAGAUGCCUCCGCUGUUGACGAAAAGUUUCACCCGAAGAAGAAAGGAGGUGGCGACAUGACCCCUCUUCGCGUCAACACCAUGGCGAAUACAGCCACCGCAGCCAUUACACCGACUCCCGUGAGCACUUCGGAUGGUGCAAGUGACAGGACUGGUCCAAACCCGGUGGCUGUCGCGCCGGAUCAGUCCGACUCUGGCGUUGCGCCAGAGGACGACUUCGAGCUGGUUGACGACCCCAAUGAGACCAACGAGGGCGACGAGAACUUCGAAGACAAAAACCGCAAGGUCAUGAGGCGUUUGCAACAAUACGACCAGGUGCAGGCCGCCUACAACAUGUCUCGCAUCACUGGCCUAGAAGCGUGCGAAGGUCUUCUCAUAGUGGGGAAAGAUGCGCUCUACAUGAUGGAUAACGUGUUCCAGUGCAGCAAUGGGGACAUUGUCAACGUGUGGCAGGCUCCGCCAGAAGAGCGUGAUCCGUUCACCAUGGUUGUCACAGGCUCAAAGACGUUGGAGAAGCAACAGAACUCGAGAGAGCAAGACUCGCGCCACUGGCGGUGGCAGGACGUCAUCAGUAUCUCCAAACGCAGAUUCUUAUUCCGAGAUGUGGCGAUUGAGAUGUUCUUCACCGACGGACGAAGCUAUCUAUUGACAACCAUCACUCCCACGCUGCGAGAUGAGCUGUUCGUCAAGCUGCUCAAUAAAGCGCCGCACACCAGCGCCGUGAACUCGCUACCCAAUCCAGAGGAUGCCUGGCGCCUUGAGGCGCUCAAGACGUCCGACGAGUCGCCGCAAGGUUUUGGAGCUGGCUUCGGCUCGAGAUUGGGAACACUGUUCAACUCAUCGCCCUUCAGCCCCAUCUUGAAGCGGUGGCAACGUGGCGAAGUGUCCAACUUUCACUAUCUCAUGAUGGUCAAUACCAUGGCGGGCAGGACUUUCAAUGACCUCACGCAGUAUCCAGUCUUCCCAUGGAUCCUCGCGGACUACACGAGCGACGAUCUCGACUUGGAAGACCCCGCGACCUUCCGAGACUUGUCGAAGCCCAUGGGCGCGCAAACGCAAGGCCGAAUCCCCGGCUUUGUGGAGACCUACAACGCGCUGCGAGAAAUCGGCCAGACACCCUUCCACUACGGAACGCACUACUCGUCGGCCAUGAUUGUGUCGUCGUACUUGAUUCGCCUGCCACCCUUCGUUCAAUCGUACCUGUUGGUGCAAGGGGAGAGCUUUGAUCAUGCCGAUCGCCUCUUCCAGUCUAUCGGAGACGCUUGGCUGUCGGCAUCGUCCCGGAACAAGACCGACGUGCGAGAGCUGAUACCGGAAUUCUUCUGUCUGCCCGAGUUUCUCACAAACAUCAACGGAUACGACUUUGGGCGCCGACAGAGCAACGGAGCCAAGGUUGACAAUGUCACUCUGCCUCCCUGGGCCAAGGGCGACCCGCGGAUUUUCAUCGCCAAGCACCGCGAAGCACUGGAGAGCCCGUACGUGAGCGAAAACCUGCAUCAUUGGAUCGACCUGGUCUUUGGCUGUAAACAACGUGGCGAGGAAGCGGUCGACAAUCUCAACGUCUUCCACCAUCUGUCAUAUGCUGGCGCGAGUGAUCUGGAUCGCAUCACUGACGCCAACGAAAGAGCCAUCACAGCCGGCGUGAUACACAAUUUUGGCCAGACCCCUCACCAAGUGUUUAGCAAACCUCAUCCUCAGCGUGAAUACGUGCAGAGCCCUGUUCGGAGGCUUGAUACCAACGCCUUCUCGCUCACCUGUCUGCCCCAUCCACUGCUAGAGAGCCAUGAUAGGGUGGAAUCCCUCGUCUACGCACCAAAGCUAGACAGGUUGCUUUGUGCAUCUCCUCUGCGCCUGAAUCUUGCACCGUACGACAAGUUCCUGGAGUGGGGAUACGCCGACAGUAGCAUCCGGUUCUUCUUCAGCGACAACCGCAAGGUACAACAGCUGAACUCUGCCCUAAAGAUUGCCAAGCUGACCGACGAGCGCAAGCCUGCCGGGCUUUUUGAGAACCUGCACACGGGCCAAAUCUCAUGCGCGUGCUUCGCAGAUUCCAAGACGCUUAUCACGGCAGGCGAAGACUGCGUUGUGUCAGUAUUCACCGUGACCACGUCGCCGGGAAAGCCGGUGGACUUGGUGCCGCGGUCGAGCGUGUUUGGCCACAAGACCCCAGUGACUACCAUUGCGGUGAGCAAGGCACUCAGCACGUUUGUUACUGUGUCGUCGGAUGGGCAGGCCUUCUUGUGGGAUCUGAACCAGCUGUCCUUCAUCCGCAAACUCCCACUCGUUCGUCCAGUGGAGUGCGCGCGCAUCAACGACGUCACUGGAGAAAUUCUCCUGGGCUCCGGCCCCAAUGUCUUGCUGUACACGCUCAACGGCAGCCUCAUUCUGGAUCAAAAUGUCUGUAUGGAGCAAGAGGAUGCAGUCCUCUCUUGCGCCUUCUACGAAGGCGCAGGCAACGAGUGGCUGGAGAACCAACUUGUGUUCACGGGGCAUACCAAGGGCCGUGUCAACGUUUGGCGGAAGUGUGUCGUUGCGGGCAAGUGGACUCUGGAGCCGCUCAGGCGGCUGGAUCACAUCGACUACAAGAAUGACAAAGGAGACACCACAGAGGCGGGCAUCACGUGCAUCACACCAAUGCCCACCUGCCUCUAUUCUGGGGACGAGGACGGACGAGUGUACGAAUGGAAUUUUGGACGAGGCGAUAGGUAGAGCCUGCGCCGCCAUAGCCGAGUACGCGUAAGCAGCAGCGGGGAUUGCGUGGUCUCCUGGAAAAGCGAGGCCGCCGGGCGCACCAAUGAUGAUGUCGAGGCCACACUGGGAUAAAUACGAUAGACGGACAUGGGCGCGAGGCUCGUGCUCAGACGACUGAUGACAAAAAGUGUAGCGUUGACUGCUCUGUUCGGACGUUAUGUCCACGGUCUUUGAUAGUCCCUGUUUUGAAAACGCCAUUAUUUGUACACAUGGG